UGCGGCCGGCCGGGAGGCGGUAGGGUCGUCGUCGUCCCCCCUCAGCUAGCUGUGAGGCCGGGGCGGCCGGCGUCCAUGGCGGCGGGAUGGCGGGGAAGGCGGAGGCCGUGGACGACUGGUGUGACAGCGGGCUGGGAUCGCUGGGAGGACGGGGCGCAGCCGCCGCCUCCCCCUCCUCCCCCUCCCCCCCCCCGGAGGACUGGGCCCCCGCCGUCCUCGGUUACGUCACGGAGGACGGGGACACUGUUUUGCAUUUGGCCGUGAUUCACCAGCACGAAGCCUUCCUGGAAUUCCUGCUCCAAUACACGGCGGGGACGCAGUACCUGGACCUGCAGAACGACCUGGGACAGACGGCGCUGCACAUCGCGGUCAUCCUGGGCGACGCCACCUUGGCGGCCAAGCUGCGGGCCGCCGGGGCGGGGCUGGGCGUCACGGAGCGGGCGGGGAACACCGCCCUGCACCUCGCCUGCCGGGAAGGCCGCCACGCCUGCGCCCGCGCCCUGCUCGACCCCCCGGCCGCCGCCCACCGGGACCGGGAGGAGGAGGAAGAGGAGCAGCGGCUGCAGCGCGACGCCGCCAACUACCAGGGCCACACCCCGCUUCACGUGGCCGUGCUCCGCAAGGACCUGGAGAUGGUGCGGUUGCUGAGGGAUGCCGGGGUCGAUCUCAACAAGCAGGAACCGACCUGCGGGCGAAGCCCCCUGCACCUGGCAGUGGAGGCCCAGAGCGCGGCGGUGCUGGAGUGCCUGCUGCGGGGGGGCGCGGACCCCGCCGCCCGCAUGUUCGUGGGCUACACGCCCCUCUACAGUGCCGCCCGCCGGCCCGCCGCCCGCCUGCCCCAGCUGCUGCGCGACUUCGGGGCCCCCGAGCCCGCCGACAGCGACACGGACAGCGAGUCGGACGGCAGCCCCGCGGGGGCCGGCCCGGGCGGCAGCGACGGCGAGGACGACGAAUACGACGACAUCGUGCUCCACGGCCAGACCCGAAACUGACCCGACCCCCGAGUCUCCCUGUCCGCCCCCAGAGAUGUCUGUAGUUUUGUAAUAUUUUAUUUCAUUAAAGCCCCCUGAUCCCG